ACAAUCACAAUCAUACGAAUGGUUGUAUGCCCAAUCUUUUGCACCUAUGUGCAUGCAAGCACACGAAUCGUAAAUGCACAAACUCUACCGUGUCUAUACAUGUAUACAGAUAUAGGAAUGAAUGAACUAGGUAUAUAUUCGUUAUUUGGUGUUUUACGUGUCAUAUGUGACUAUUCAGGAGAGGUAGAUCUCUCCUAAUGAAAUUGAUGUUACUUCACAGAUCUGAAACACCUUCAUGAUUUUUAUUAGGUUUGCUUCGAAGUGUGUAAAACCGGAUUAAACUGCAUCAGUGAAUAAAGUAAGCAUCGUCCACCUGUUCGUUCACUCGACGUGCUGGUCAAACGAUGUCAGGUGACGUGUUUCACCAUGGACACACCUCACAGGUAGCUUUAUCUGAGCAGGAUGAACUCGACAUCGAACGAGGUAAAUCAUCCGAUCCUCUUCCUUCAUCGACGUCAAAGACGGCCUCUUCACCUAUCCAGCUCUCUGAGAUCAAUGCUGCACCACGUGACGGGUACGAUAGCGUGAACGGAGUCGUGGUUGAUGAUGUUUCACCUGAUCUUGAUUGUGGAUGGUUUAGUUGUCGACCUGGGUGGUUACAGCACCUAAGAAAGCCACCUUUUCUUCUAGUUUCUCUUUGCUUCGCAACCAUUCUCCAAGGUAUGAUAGUAAACGGUUUUACCCCCAGCUCUAUCACAUCGAUAGAACGUCGCUUUCUCCUUUCCAGUCAGAGCACGGGUAUUCUCGUCAGCGUUUACGAUUUUACCAACAUCAUCUUCGUGCUCUUUGUAGUGUACGUAGGAGGGCGUGGUCAUAAGAUCCGAUGGGUGGGCGUUGGCUGUGUUCUGAUUGGUGUAUCCGGUAUUCUCUACGCUCUACCCCAUUUUACAACUCCACCUUACUCCUAUGUGGAUGCUAUCAGCAGUGGUAAUAAUGGAUCCUCUAGUAGUGGGGUGUGUAACCGCGAUGGAAGUGGAGAGGAUGACGCAUGUUCGUCGAGUGGUGGUUCGGAAUCGAACCUAUCAAACUAUAUCUACCUGUUCUGUGCAGCACAGGUGGUUGCCGGAAUAGGAUCCCUGCCUCUGUACUCGUUGGGUCUUACUGCUAUGGACGAAUCUAUAUCGAGCAAGGCGUAUGGACCUUACUUCGGGACGUUUUACGCAUGUAUUGUUCUUGGACCUGGUCUAGGAUUCAUCUUAUCCGGUUCAUUUUUAGACAUUUUCACAGAGAUAACCAUUCCUGAGGGUGUAAUGUUAUCACCGUCUGAUCCAGGUUGGAUAGGAGCUUGGUGGCUAGGAUUCAUCAUAGUUGGUUGCAUCAUAAUCCUCUUGAUUAUACCCUUCAGUCUCUUCCCAAAAGAGUUUCCAACUACUGCUAGGAUCCGGGCAGAGAAAUCUGUCGAAGCUCAUGCCAAUUCCGGUUUGGACAUAACAACACGAGCCGGUUUUGGAGAGCGACCGUCAGACCUUUUGAGGGCGCUUCGCUACCUGUUGACCAACCCUACCUUUGUGUUCACGUGUUUGGGAGGGGUAGCUGAUGCCCUCCUCAUUAAUGGGUUCAAUGCUUUCCUGCCAAAGGUCUUCGAGAAUCAGUUCUCUUUGUCAGCUGGAUUUGCUACGAUAGUGACAGGUGUCCUGAGUAUCUUUGGAGGGUUUUUCGGCUCCCUGUCCGCUGGGUUCGUACUCAGGCGUUUCAAUCUGAAGAUCCGAGGCUUACUCAAACUCAUAGCAGCAGCAAACUUUAUUUCAGGAUUGUUAACUUUCAUCUUUCUUUGGCAUUGCCCCCAGCAGAAUCUAGCUGGUGUUACAGAGCCAUAUACCAACACGAUAGGAAACACCGGAACAAACUUGACAUCUGAGUGCAAUUCUGACUGCUCCUGUGCCGUGGAACAGUUUCUCCCAGUAUGUGGUGGAAAUGGUAUCAACUAUUUCACACCUUGCCAUGCAGGAUGUGAUGUUAAUUCUGGAAAUGGGACCUACACAGAGUGUACAUGUCUAGAAGGACCAUUGGAGACUGUGGAAUCCGGGUUGUGUCAGACAUCAUGCAGCUAUCAACCCUAUGUCUGGUCCGUACUCGCUGCCGCGUUCGUCUUCGUAGUCUUCUUCGCUCAGAUUCCAGAGCUCAAUGUCAUCCUCAGAUGUGUACCUGAUUCUCAGAGGUCAAUGGCUAUUGGACUUACUUCACUACUAAAACGUGGACUAGGUUCAGUUCCAGGACCUAUCAUAGUUGGUGCUGUGAUAGACCAAGCCUGCAUCCUCUGGCAGGACGUAUGUGGAACACGUGGUUCUUGCUGGAUCUACGACAAUGCAAGCUUAGCCUGGAGACUGACCGUCAUAGCACUGGCUCUAAAAGCAGCAGCUUGCUGUAUGUAUCUCAUUGCUAUGGUGUGCUACAGACCAGCUUUAGUGCAGGACAAUGAGGUUUCCGGCACAGAAAACAAAGCGGAUCCAGAAAGAGAGGCCAUCGAAGCGACACACUUUUCUCCAAAAAUUAUUUGACAGAUGAAAGAAGAAAAUGAAGAGAAAGCUUGUCACUCCAACCCAUCACCCUCCUUGACAUCAGGGACAGGGGCCCGGGGCCCCACCCUCUUGAUCAGCCACCUAUACUACCUCUCAUCAAAUAAAAUUAAACUAUUGGCGUAUUAUAGCAUUGAAGUAUCUACACAGGAGAGAUAAGAUUGAUUAACUCUAUAGACACCCUCUCGGGGUGUAACAAAAUAACAUAUUUUCAAUGGCUUUAUAUACGUAAAAUAUAUGAUUGCAUGUAUAUAUAACAUAACAUCGCACCUCUUCACAAACCUAGCAUUUCUGGCUGUUAAACUACUACUACAAGUACAUAUAAGUUUAUCUCUCCUACUUUCUGUACAAUGCAGUGGUAUUCUUUACUAUUACAGUUGUUGGUGUCUGAACAAAUUGCAUCAUUAUAGCUCUAGCAAAGUACUUGUAGCAGAAUGGAAUAAAGAAAAAUACAUAUAGUGGGAAGGCUAUACCGCCUACGAGGGUAAAGGGUUUUAAAGGGGAAUCCAACCCAAAUAAAAACUUGUUUUUAUAAGGAAAAGAAAAAUCAGUCAAGUUUAUAGGUGAAAUUUUGAACAAUAUUGGACAAACAACAAGAAAGUUGUGAAUUUUUAGAAGUUGUAAAUAUUGGUAAUCACUAUACUCAUGGAGACUUCAAAUUGGCCCCAUAUGGGAUGUCAUAGUGAUGUAAGGCAAGGACUACUCUUCCAUGUACUCCAAUACAUAUCAUGGCUAAAAUGUCAUUUUUCCCAAAAGUUUUAUUUCAAAUUAUAAUUUUCUUUCAUGAGGACAUAAAACAAUAUACUACCUGGAUUAUAUUUAGAUUACUGCCCCAGGGGAAUGGGUACUUAGGAGAAAACCACAAAUCACUGAUAAUAAAGUACAUGGCCUAUGGGAAAGUUGUCCUUGCCCCUUGUCAUAAUUUACUUACCCAGUUGCCAAUUUGAAAUCUACAUAGUAUUAGUGAUCUCAAUUUUAAAGCAGCUAUAACUUUCUUAUUGCUAGUCCGAUUUCUUUCAAACUUUCACCAUUCUGUUUAAUUUAUUUUUUCCCUUCCCAACACAACAUUUUAUGGCCUAGGCUGGAUUCCCCUUUAACAAUAUGAGGCAUAUUAUAAUCGUGCCCCUUUCAGCUCCUGAAUUUUGUAAGCUUUUGCUUUUAUUCAGAAUUGUAAUAAGAUUACAAAAAAGAUAUCAAAAGUACAAUUAUAAAGAUCAUAACUUCGAAAAGUGAACCUUUGUCUUACAUUUGAUGUAUGGAAAAGCAGAGAAAAAACCCCACCUUUAUCCAAUCCCAUUCUGCUUUCUUACGUUUUUUUUAAAUUUCUUUUUAACUUCCAUGUUAUCUUAUUUUGUACUUGUGUGCUUGAGAUUAUUUUGUUUACCUUAGAUAGAGCUAGUGUAAGGCAACGAAAAUGAAUGAUUGUCAAAUCUCGUAUCAAUUUAUUAAUUCAAAUAGAAUGAUAAAUGAAUGAUUGUCCGAACUCGUAUCAAUUUAGUAUAUAUAUCAGUGUAUAUAGAAUUAUGUGUAAGAAUAUAGGGAAUAAGAUUAGAGCUCAUGCAUUUUUUUUGAAAUUGUAUAUUACAAUAUUAACAUUAUCAUUAAUUCAUUGUCGAAUAAAUAUAGUACUAUCUUUAAA